AUGACAUUGACUGCGAUGACUAAAUUACUUUUAGUAGCUUCAUUUUUCUCGUUUACUUCUGCUCAAACACAUACUUUCAAUUGGACUACCGGUUGGGGAACCUAUAACGUCGAUGGUGUUAAGGGAAGAGAAGUAAUCACUUGUAAUGGUGAAUAUCCAUGGCCUGACGUUAGAGUUAGUAAGGGUGAUAGGGUGGAAAUUUACCUAAAUAAUGGAUUCACUGAUGCUAAUACUACUCUUCACGUCCACGGUUUAUUUCUGAAAGGUCAAAACCAGUUCGAUGGUCCGCCAUUUUUGACUCAAUGUCCUAUUGCUCCAGGUGACACUAUGUUGUAUAAUUUCACUGUAGAAGAUAAUAUCGGUACCUAUUGGUAUCAUUCUCAUACUGCUGGUCAAUACCAAGAUGGUUUUAAAGGUAAGUUCAUUAUCGAAGAUACUGAAAACUUCCCUUACGAAUACGACGAGGAAGUGACUUUGGAAAUUGGUGAAUGGUACCAUAAAACAAGUGGUGAACUAAUGCCAGCCUUCAUGAACUUGUUUAAUCCAACUGGUGCUGAACCAAUCCCACAAAAUUUGAUCAUUAAUAAUACAAUGAACUUGACUUGGAAUGUGGAACCCGAUACAACAUAUUUAGUAAGAUUGGUUAACACAGGUGGGUUUGUCUCCCAAUACUUUUGGAUCGAGGAUCAUAAUAUGACUGUUGUCGAGGUAGACGGUGUCUUCACAGAAAGAAAUACUACAGAUAUGUUGUAUUUGACUAUUGCUCAACGUUACUCUUUCCUUCUGACAACUAAAAGUGAUACUAGCAAGAAUUUCGCCAUCAUGCAAAAAUUCGAUGACACUAUGUUAGAUAUAAUUCCAUCUGACUUGCAAUUGAAUGCAACAUCCUAUUUAACAUAUAAUUCAGAUGCAGACAAACCUUCAGAAAACUUUGUUGACUCAAUAGAUGACUAUCUCGAUGAUUUUUAUCUAGUUCCUUAUAACAAAACUGAACUUUAUGACGAAGCUGAUUAUAGAAUUACUUUAGAUCUACAAAUGGAUAAUUUAAUCGAUGGUAUAAAUUAUGCUUUCUUCAAUAAUAUCACUUAUACCACUCCAAAGGUUCCUACUUUGAUGACAGUGCUUUCAGCAGGGGAAGAAGCUACAAAUGCUGCUAUCUAUGGUACAAAUACAAAUUCAUUCGUUCUGGAAAAAGAUCAGAUUGUGGAUAUCGUUCUUAAUAAUCUAGAUACUGGUAAGCACCCUUUCCAUUUACAUGGUCAUACUUUCCAAACCAUUUGGAGAGAUCGUCCAUAUGAUGCUGAUGCUGGAGAGGAUCCACAUCCGUUUGAUGAUGAUGAUGUCGAUAGCUUCCCACAAUAUCCAAUGAUGAGAGACACAAUUUAUGUUAAUCCGCAAUCAAAUUUUGUCAUUAGAUUUAAAGCUGACAAUCCUGGUGUUUGGUUCUUCCAUUGUCAUAUAGAAUGGCAUACAAUUCAGGGCUUGGCAAUUGUCUUAAUUGAAGAUCCCGAAAGUAUACAAGCAGAAUCGUCACAAGCUUUAACUCAAAACAGUAUCGAUGUAUGUAAUAAUGUUGGUGUUUUGUACCAAGGUAACGCAGCAGGUAAUAUAGCCGAUUAUACUGAUUUAACUGGUCAAAAUAUUCAACAAAAAUCCAUUCCAAGUGGUUUCACUGCUAAAGGUGUAGUCGCCAUGACAUUUUCAUGCCUUGCAGGUAUUUUAGGUCUAUUAACGAUCGCUGUGUAUGGUUUAAUGGAGAUGCCAGAUGUUGAACAAAAGGUGAUAAAAGAAUUGGAUAUCCCUUUAACUGAGCUUAUUUCCAAUAAAUAG